AUGGACGAACGCAAUGAACCAGAUGUAAAUUGGAAAAACGACUUUAAGUGGCUUGAUAUCAAAAAAGAAGAAGAAAUAUUCGUGAUGUAUUGCAGAAUAUGCCAUGAAGCUAAAAAAAAAAAUGCAUUCGCUAAUGGCUGUAAAAUAUAUAAAAGAGAUUAUCUGGUCCGACAUCAAGCUAUAGCUGAUCAUAAACAACUGGUUAAUUUAAAUAAAUAUCAAACUAGAAUUGAAACCUUCCUAGUACCAUCAAAAAGAAAACCAACUCACAUAUCACCACCACCAAGUCAAUCACCAAGUCAGUCACCAAGUCAGUCACCAAGUCAGCCGCCAAGUCAGCCGCAAACUCCGUCACCAAGUCAGCCACAAACUCCGUCGCCAAGUCAGCCGCAAACUCCGUCACCAAGUCAGCCGCAAACUCAGCCGCAAACUCCGUUGCCAACAAAAAAAAAAGAUUUAGGAAUCAUGUGCAACCAAAAUGAAAUCAUUAUAGAAGGAAAUCACAACGAAUAUAUUUAUAUGGACGAUUUUCAAUGUUUAUACAAAGGAAUCACCACUGGAAAAUUUAAAUUAAACAUCAAGGUAUUAAAUACCAUUGAUCACAAUGAAAAGGUUGAAGUAAACAUCAACCAUGGUAUCAUUGAAAUCAUUUUUAAAAAACUUAAAUUUAGAAAAAUAGAAAUUAUUUAA